UAGAUAUGGUUUUGAAAGUCUAUGUACUUUACAAGCAGUCAAGUUUCCAGAGCUGAUGUCACACACGAGAAGUCAAGGAGCUUCGGAGGGAACGGUAAAUGUACAGGGUAUUGGACUUUCUGGAGUCACACUUUCAAGUGGAGAAACUUCUCUGGCAGAAAUAUUGGUAUAGAGAACCCAUCUCUUGGCUGUAAAUAGUGUUAGGUCUAUGUUCGAGGUAGAAAACAGUUCAGGUCCUCUACUCCAGAUAAGUAAAUGGAAACUAUGUCAGGAUGUUAACAAUGAAAAGAAAAAUUACAGGCUGUUCUAGACAAAAAAGGACAGAAAGCAGGUUCAAUCAGAGCUGAAGAAUUUGGAGUCUUAUCGGUCAGAGACACACCCUUAACAACACCAAGCCAGAGAGCAGCCUGGACUUGCAGAGAAUGGAGUUAUCAUAGAAAUUGCUGACAGUCAAGGAGAAACUGAAAACAAAUCCCAUUCUGCAGAGAAGAAAAUCAAAGCCUGGUUAAUUCAAGUGCAGAGGCUGUUAGUGCAAGUAACCACAAGAGUUUGCUUAUGUCUGAGGUAGAGAACACUAAGGUGGAUACCAAAAUCAAGGAAUCAUCUGUGAUUAAAGGAAGCACUUUGAAAACAACAGGUAGUGUCAAAGACCAGAAGUUCUCAGGUGGUGAAGACAGCAAGAUACCCAGAAGCCCAUCACAAGGGGAGAAAGGUGAUUUGAAGUUGAAAAAUAAGAUGCCUACACAGAUCACUGGCUCUGAUUCUGAGCCUGUGGGAAAAGAGUUGAUAAGCUCUGGAGGUGGACUUUUAAGCAUCAGCAAUGCUGAACAGGAGGCUAAUAAUAAACCAAGAACAAGCAGCGAGGAUACAAAUGGUCAGCCACCAAGCAGGUUGGCAGUUACCCCAAACAGUGGUGCUGUAGCAACCAACCCAUUAGCUGAAGAUAGCGCAUCCAAAAAGGAAGGCUUUUGGGAAAUCAAUGGCCAGUCGAUGUCAAAUGACAACACAGGAUCCUUGAAGAGGCUGAACCAGAACCGGAGAAGUUUGAGUAUGGAAACGAAGUAUGAAAAUGACAAAGCUGAAUUAGCAGCUAAAGUCACCAUGAGCCCCAGAUAUCAGCUGUUUUUGGCCAACGAGAAUCAGGAUAGGCUUACAGAUACAGCUCAUACAAGAAUCCAAAACGAACAGUAUGGACUGAAACACACUGCGAAGAGUACUGACCCAGCCUUGUCUGAGGGAUCCACUGUUACCAGGACCACAGACUCAGGAUUGGAUUCGACUGUAGGUUCAGAACCUGGACAUGAGAUUAGUCCAAACCUGGGACCAUCUACAAAUCCAAACAAAACAGAUAGGGGUGAAGCAACUGAAUUUGUGGGAGGGAACUAUUCUGAAGCUUUAUCGAUUAAGAUUCCUGGCAAUGAGACCCCACCAAGGGCAUUUAAUAGCCCAUAUAGAUCUCCAUCUGCUGAAUAUGACCGAAUCUUCAGAAUGUCCGACUUCAAGGAAUGCCUGUCUCCUACACCCUCAGAAGUCUCGCUCAACUCAAUGAGCUCAUACAGCCAGUGGAGCGGUGUUACUCUCCCCCAAACCAGCUUUCCUCAAGGUAGAUUCGCUAUCUAUGAGAGCUGGGGCAGGCUCAAGGGGAUGUUGCCUGCCCUUCCUAAUCUACGACCUGGAAUUCACCACAAAAGAGAUUAUAUUCAAGAGCUCAUCAGGCUUUUAGAUGUUAGUGAAAAGAGAAAUGCUUUUCUGGAGGCAGAGAGCUUGGAGAUGUCCAGGGAGAGAGGCAGGAUACGGUACGAGAUGAGAGGGUUGCUGGUGAACAACGAGGACCUGAUCAGGAACAUGGCAGUGAUGCAGAAUGAAUUAAAGAAGCUAAAGGACAGGGUACUGGAGCUGGAACGAGAAAACUUCACGCUGAAUGAGAGUAUCACACAACUGGAGAGAGAGCUGUCAAAUGCAAAGGAAGUUCUGGGAGAGGCUAAUGACCAAGAAUAUGCCUUUACGUACCUACAGCAGUCUCUACAUCAAAAACUACUUGAAGCUCAGGAGGCUUUGGAUAACCAGAGCAAGCGAUGUGAUGCAAUGGCAGAGAAGCUGUGGCUGGCUGAGAGGAACCAAGACCAGCUGGAGACGGAGAAGCAGAACUUGGACACAAAAAUUGUUAGCCUCAGCAGCACUGUGCUCAGGCUAGAGACAGAGCUCGGGGAAGCACUGAAGGUGUCGGCUGAGGCUGCUGCAGGGAUUACUCUCCACCAGCAGUACAAGGAGAAGACCCAGAAUAGCAUCGAGGAGCUGGAGGAGAGGCUGAAGGAGAAAUGCCAAGAGCUGGAGGAGGCACAGUGCAACAGGACUAGACAACUGGAGGAGUUGUCCUUAAAGCAGCUGGACAAGGACAGGCAGUUAGAAGAGGAGAUACAGCUGCGGGAGCGACUGCAGCUGCUGUCCAAGCAAGCGGAGAGAUCCAUCGAAGAUCUUCAGAUGGAACUCCAGACAACUACCCAGGCCAAGGAAGAGCUUAGCAAGCAGCUCAAGCAGGCCCAGGAAACAAUAAUUGAUCUGGAAAGUGAUUUAGAAGAAAUGAAUGACACUGAACAUCGAUGGGCAGGAAAACACAAAAGAACCAUGGAACAGAAUGAGCAGCUACAGAUCAAGUUACUUCAUGAAAGAGAUUUGAGGGAACAACUGGAAUGUGACAAACAGAUGCUGGAGAGACAGAACAAAGAUCUAGAACUUGAAUUGCGGGACCUGCGGAGCUCUCAAACUCACGAGGACAUACUCUCGAAGACAGAAAUAAAGGCCAAAGAGAUGGAAAGCAGCCUGAGAGCUGAAGAGAGGAACAAAGCGACGCUGAUGGGCAUAAUCCAGAAGAUGGAGAGGAAGAAUAAAGAUUUGUCUGAGCAGAUGGAUGAAGAGCGUCGCCAGUUAGAGGAGGAAAAGGAUCAGCUGGGGCAGCGAAUGAAGAGCCUGAAACGGCAGUUAGGCCAAGCGGAGGAGGAGAUGGAGCGACGGGAGGCUCAGAACCGCCACAUUCAGAGAGAAAUGGCGGAACUGAAGGAGUCAAACAGUCUGCUCCAGAAACAGCUGUCUGACUUGCAAAUUCAGCUCAAACAAAAAGAGUCCUUUAUGAUGAAGAAAUCCCGGGACAUACUGAACAUGAGAAUAGAUCUGGAUAGCGAAGAAGAGGAAGAAGCAGUGUCUGACAUUCUUAAACAAUAAGAGCCGACUGAUCAAUUGACUUACCCAUUCUCAACAGAACCAUGAAAACGAACUGUUUAAAAGGGACACAAGUCAUGACUUGACUCGGUAGAUUUAUAUAUAUAUAUAUAUAUAUAUAUAUAUAUAUAUAUAUAUAUAUAUAUAUAUAUAUAUAUAUGUAUUUUAACAGCAGGUAAACUUAAUUUAGAAAAAAAAAAAUUCUUUACAGCAAGUACACUGACUUAAAAAUUUGCCCCCGGGCCUGAAAAUGUCUGUGGGCGGCACUCCUUAUAAAUUAACACAGAGAUGUUGAGCUUACAGAAGUAAGGGAGGGUGACCCAAAUCAGGAUGUUACACUGACCACUGACUAUAAUUUAAUUCUUGGAAAUUGAUGGUAAUAUAACAUAACGUAGCUAGAAAAGGAGGUGUCAACUAGAACGGUGUCCUGUUUUAUUCCAGAAAUUGUCAUGUUUGUCUUCCUUCCUCCCUAUUAGGGGUAUUUCAACCAAGCUCUGGCUUGGAGAGUCAAAUGUCCAGUCAUACAAUUUGAUAUAUUUUUGUUCUUAUGGCAACUAGUAGAUGUUGAGCAAACAUUUAAGAACAAAUAAAUAAAUCGUUUCAGUGUUUACCUUUUCUUGAUCUAUAUACAGUUCUGCGGUGUUGAAAGUGUUGUAUUAUUCUUUGCUAUUGCACGAGGGAAAAUGUCUUGUGUUCUGUUUGUUUAUACAUAUUGUUUGGGUUUUGUUUCAUAUAAUGGACAGUAUAAUAAGUAAGGCUAAAUGUAAUCUGUCUCUCAGUUAUAUUCAAACCCUUUUCAUAUUGUGGUGAUGGGUUUUGAAAAUCCCAACCUCGAGGAUGCUGUCAAAAUACUUGUUAGCUGCCAGCUUGCACAAAGUCUUCAGCAGAGGAAAAGGUGUUUGGGGGAAAAGGAGCAAUAUUUUUAUUAUUUAUAAAUAUAGUUACAUACUGUAAUACAAUGUAAUCGUGGGACACUUUAGAUUUAAAUUGGGGUCUCAGCCACUUUACAGAUGCGUUAUUAUCAUUUUUAUAACAUGGACUGUUUGAAGGUAUAUUCAUAUUUAUCGUGUUGCUCACAUGCUAUAUACAGAACUAACUUUUUUUAUUUUUAAUGGGUGUUUUUCUCCUAUUAUUAAAAAUCCAUGUUAUACUUUGGGAAAAAGCUUUGAAACUAGCCCCGUUUAUCCGAUCCUUGUUCCUUUAACGUUUUCCUGUAUGUAAAUAUAAACUAUUUUGGAGGAAACAAUAAGAAUGUAUUUGUUUCAUCAUAGUUUGUUUUGAAAACAUUUUAGUGCUUUGGAGGCUGAGUAAACAAUAUGACAAAUGACCAAAAUGAUGCACCUUAAACUCAUAAUUCAAAAUUGGAAUUCCCUAACUAAUUAGUGAAGUGUCCACUGUUUACUUGUUCAACAGGAAAACAUAUUUCUUAUAGUAUUAGAUAUAUUUUAAAAAGCUUGGUAAAAUGUUGCAAAUAUAUAUUUAUUCUUUAAAGUAUAUUAUUUUUGGUGUUUGAAAGAAACUGUUGUAAGAACAACUUUUUUUUUAUUAAACUUUCCAUUUUUCAACUCUGAAA